AUGGACGCUUCUGGGGGAUCCGUACGGAUGGCGAGGGAACGAGCCGAGUUGGGCAACGGGAGGCCCGCACGCCCUUUAGCUCUUCAGGGGAACACCGGCCCCAUCGGCGCUGUAAUAUCACGGCCAACGCCCGUCCCACAGUGGCCUCUACCGGGUCCUAUCCCGACUCCCGCCACGCCUGCUGGUUCGGAGCCCUUUCAAUCCACGCCCGGGAGAUCCCAGCCUCCCCAACGGCCUCCUCGUCCUAGCCGCGUACCCUCAAUAUUAGACGCUUCCCGCGUGCAAGAUCCGACGCCCGUCUUUAGAAACCAGCCCCAAAACAUCCGAGACUCGGACCAAAGUUUUAAUGGCUCGAUUCCUCCUACACCCUCCUCCGUCCAAACAAGUUCAUCCAGUGCUUCGAUACCCGAUUUCCCGCUACCUAUCUCCGGUCCUCCUCCCGGCAUCCCUGCCGGCCGCCGGAGCGUAACUUUGGGACCGCCCCCUUCGGCUCGCCGGGGUGCGUCGUCCUUUUACUCUAAUGUUUCAUUCGUAUCACCUAUCCCCGAGGAGAGCCCUAGGUUGAGGUCCUACACCUCGUUGGCCUCGAGCGCCGCUAUGCCCGAGAGCUUUGGCAGCCUUUCCCCUGGCAACAGCCCGACAUAUCCAGACAUUGCGUACGACGACGCCGCGAGAGGCAAUGUCCGCGGCGGCGAUUCCCUAACCGUUGACGAGUCUCAACUUGUGCGGAGUGCUAGCAUUGGCAAGAGGGAAAAGCCGCAUCUCGUGAUGAAUAAAGGGUCGGCCGCUCCUACGUCAGCACCCCAGCGCCCAGGUCCGGGACCUCUUCAGGACCCGUUUGCGGACGGCACUGGUUACGUAGAGGCCUCGAGCUCAGAGACGAUGGCGACUUCAUCCAAAUCUGGUGGUGCGCCGAAUGCCAGGUUAGCGGAUGCGAACACAAACGCGACGGAUGCCGCCGCCCAGGCUCGGGCCUUGUCACCCUCGCAAGCCUAUACUAGCUACAACCGACUAUCUGCCAUUCGACGCCCGCCCAGGUUAGACAUGGAGGCUGUGGAUAGAGCGAACGCCCGUGGAAGCGUGACAAGCCUGCCGGAUCUCAUUAAGCGCGCCACGAGGCUCGCGGCCAUGAUUGACCGAGGAAAGCGACCGGCCAGUCGUUUCGAUGAUUUGAAUUAUCUGGAUGAAAAGGCCGGGCGGGACUCGGAACGUUACUCAGCCGACGACCGACAUCAGUCCGGCUUCUCUGACAUGCUCGCGGCGUUCCCUCCGCCAGCUCAAGUAACUUCGCGCACUAGUCGGGUUGGCAGUUGGUUCAAAACGACCUCAUCCUGGCCCUUACCGCCUGCGAAUCGUGCGCUCGCAAGCCAGCAGACGGACGCGACGAACGAGGCCGUCCCUAACAAGAAGAGCUCCCCACCGCAAGACAAGAAGAAGAGGUAUUGCGGCCUCCCUCUGUGGGGGUUCAUUGUCAUCAUCAUCGUCAUCCUUGGCAUCAUCGCUGCUGCCGUCUUGGUGCCUCUGCAAUUUUUCGUCUUCCGCAAUAUCGGAGGGCCGCUAGGCGACUCAACCUUGGCCCAGUGCCGAGAACAACUGACCUGUGAGAAUGGUGGGACCAAUGUCGUCGCCCGCAACGUUUGCUCGUGUAUCUGCACAAAUGGCUUCACGGGGUCCAAUUGCACCAUUGCCGGCUCAGCUGGAUGUACGACGACGAGCUUGGAAGCCAUAAACGAAUCAACGGGCAUUGACAAUGUGACGCUCGGUCAGGCUAUCCCGCGUCUCAUCUCGCAGGCCCAGGACAGAUUUGCCAUACCCCUCUCGGGCACGGAAAUUCUCGCUCGAUUCAAUACCGGCAGCCUUUCGUGCACAGCCCAGAACUCGCUGGUGACAUUUGACGGGCGCUCCUCUAGGACCGGGGACGAAGGAUCAACUGUCCUUGGCGUGGCUGUUGGCAACGAUGGUAGCGACGAUGCUGCCGUCGUAGGGGCGGCGGUUUUCGUCUCGGUAGAAGUAGUUACCAUUGUGGCAAACCAGCUCAACGCAGCGGCCGAGUCGUCUAUUGCCGGGUUUCAGACGAUUCCUCAGGUGACGACAAUCUUGAGGACGAUAAGCACCAUUCCCAACAGGAUCCCCGGAACAACCACCACCACAGUCACUACCACACUCCAGCCUGCCCCUACUGGCGCCCCCAACGCAAACUUUGCCGUAUCAGAGGACGUGCUCGAUUUUGCCCGAGUUGCCGUCCUCUUCAUCCUGCAGGAGGAUAGCCUCUCGGACGCAUCGCGCGCCCAAUCCGUGCUCCAGCGCUUCUUUACUACAUCCAACACAGCCAAUGGCCGUGGAACGAGCCUGACAAUUGAGCAAGCUUCGAGCAUUGAUCUCGGUAAUGGCAACACCGUGGACUUGGUUAACCUCAGGGUAAACGCAGGCUCCGGCGCCACUGGUGGAAGGUCCUUCAAGCGAUGGGAAAACCGAGUUCCGCGAAGGGGCUUGACCUGGACCUUUACGAGUAGAGUGCUCAUAUGCUUCCGUUUCACCGCGGAGACGGCAACCUGGAGAUGCGUUUAG